CUGCAAAAAAAGGACUUCAAGCAAUAUCCCGACUGGGAUUUUGAGGAUGUUUACAUCCAGGACAAGCAACCAAGACAGACGGCCUGUCCCCAGGCUCUGAGGAACUCCAAGGACCCAGGCUUCAAGCAGGCUUUAACCAGACGUCCAUUGUACCUCCACGGUGAACUACUCAACGUGCCAGAGUGGAACAGGCUAGCUCACUUCAAUAACCCCUUUGGCUUCAUGGAAUACACAAACUACACAGAGAUAAAGGCAGUGGUGGACCUGAUCCCCAAGCCAAGAGAGCCCCUGCUCCUGCCGCGGGGAAACCCCAAGUGUAUUCGCUGUGCUGUGGUGGCCAACGGAGGAAUACUCAACGGCUCUCGGAUGGGGAAGGAGAUCGAUGCCCAUGACUACGUGUUCCGGAUGAAUGGUGCCGUAACCAAGGGUUACGAGGAGGAUGUAGGUAAUAGAACGUCGGUGUACAUUCACACCGCCCACGCCAUCACCGAGUCUCCUUAUUUAUUCCAUGAAUAUGGCUACAACAAUGCACCUCAUGACAAGGGUAUAAAGUAUGUGCUGAUUCCAGAGGGGCUGAGAGAUUUCCAGUGGCUACAGGGUCUAUUGGGGAAGACACCAGUCUCUAAAGGACCCUACAAGGACAGAGAGCCGUGGAAGGACUACUCAGGACAGUUUGAUGAGACCCGUUUCUAUGUUCUUCACCCUGACUUUCUCAGAUACAUCCGCAAAAGGUUCAUGUGGUCCGAGGAGAUGAAGAGUUCAUUGUGGUCUAUAUUCAGACCUACUAACGGAGCAUUCACACUCUUCCUGGCCCUGCACACCUGUGACAUGGUGGAUGCGUAUGGAUUUAUCACAGAGGACCACGAUAAAUAUCCCAACUACUAUGUUGAGAGGAACUCUAAAACCAAAGUAAUCUUCUACUCUAAUCACGACUACAACCUAGAGAUUAAGACCUGGAAGAAACUACAUGACACCAAGAUCAUCCGGCUUUAUCAGAGACAGGAGGACCCAGAAGGAAAGACAGGCAAAACAAAACAACCAUAAAACCCUGUCUGUCUGCAGAGGUGGACAAAGAUACAUCAAAAUGUGUCUGUUACAAAAUAACCUAAAGAACAAUUGGAAUGGGGAAAUUUAAGAUCAAUAACGUUCAUAUUUAGUUGUGUGGUUAACACAAUGUUUAGCAAAUUGAUAUAUUGUUCCUUUCUGUAAUACACAUGAUUUCCAGUGUUCUGUUUGUGAAUCUCGGGUUGAUGGUGGUCACUAGACUCGAUAUUGUAUGUUAUGGAUUAAACUCAUAAUUUUCAACCCAGGGACUGUGGUUGAACAUUAGCCGGCUGGCUAAACCGGCACUUUCACUGAAACGUUGAUUAAUGUGCACUGCCCCUGUAAAAA